GAAAGGGCAGCGAGCGUGGGAGGCGCUAAGGGAGCAGGCAGGGUGCCGAGCCACGCUCCCGUCCCGCUCGGCAGCAGCGGCAGGCGGGCAGCGGCGAUGCCGCAGGCGGACAGGCACCCGUGGUGCCGGGGCACGGCGCUGCUGGCCCUGGCGCUGGCGCUGGCAGGGUCCCUGGGCGGCGGGCAGCACUACGACUACUAUGGGUGGCAGCCCGAGAGCCUGCCCCACGGGCGCUUCUACGGGCGGGAGCCGCAGUGCCUCGACAUCCCGCCCGACAUGCAGCUCUGCCGCGACGUGGGCUACAAGCGCAUGCGGCUGCCCAACCUGCUGGAGCACGAGACCAUGGCCGAAGCCAAGCAGCAGGCUGGCAGCUGGGUGCCCCUGCUCGCCAAGCAGUGCCACACCGACACCCAGCUCUUCCUCUGCUCCCUCUUCGCCCCCGUGUGCCUUGACCGGCCCGUCUACCCGUGCCGCUCCCUCUGUGAGGUGGUACGGGACUCCUGUGCCCCUGUCAUGGAGUCCUACGGCUUCCCCUGGCCUGAGAUGCUGCACUGUGGCAAGUUCCCCUCUGACCACGAGCUCUGCAUUGCCGUCCAGUUUGGGAACAGCAAAGCCACGCCACCACCAGUGUCCAAGAUCUGCACCCAGUGUGAGAUGGAGCACAAGGCGGAUGGCAUGAUGGAGCAGAUGUGCUCCAGUGACUUUGUGGUGAAAAUGCGCAUCAAGGAGGUGACGGAGGAGAACGGCGAGCGCCGGCUGGUGGCUGCUCAGAAGAAGAAGGUGCUGAAACUGGGCCCGCUGAAGCGCAAGGACACCAAGAAGAUGGUGCUGCACAUGAGGAACGCGGGUGCCUGCCCCUGCCCCCAGCUGGACAGCCUCAGUGGCAGCUUCCUGGUCAUGGGCCGCAAGGUGGGUGGGCGCCUGCUCCUCCUGGCCAUCUACCCCUGGCAGAAGCACAACAAGGAGAUGAAGUUUGCAGUCAAGUUCAUGUUCUCCUACCCUUGCCCACUCUACCACCCCUUGCUCUAUGGGGCUGGGCAGCACUAGAGCUCUCGUCACCCUGCCCUUUCCCAGAACUCCUGCACUAGCCCAGCAUCCCAUUCCCGGCCUCCCUGGCUGCACCCCAGGACCCAGCUCUGCUCAUGUCAGCCCCUUGGUUAUGCUCCAGAACCCAGCUCUGUACCUGCAGGAUUCCCUGCUGUGCUUGUGUGAACCCUGAUCCACAGCCAGGACCCCUGCCUCCUUCUGAGAGCCCUGUUCUGCAUCCCUGGGACCCCUGUUCUGCUCCAAGGACCCCCAUCCCUGCCCAGGAGCUUAGUCUGGACCCAGGGCCCUUGUUGUGAAUGCUUAUGAGUCCUGGUCUGCACCAGAGCCCUUUGUCUACUCCCAGGUUCCCUGUGCAUAAGCCCAGAGACCCUUGCUUUCAUGUAGGAUCCCUGCUCGGCCCUCUUGGCUGCACCUGGGACCCCCACCCUGCACCCAUGUCCUUUGCCCAGCUCCCUCAUGAUGCUCUGCAGACCCUCAGCCCCCCCAAUCCCUAUUCCAGCCCACCAACACAUCCCAUGCCCUCACCUGGAGCUCACAGCCAGCCCUGGAUCAUCUCACCUUCACAGAGACCCAGUCCAGCCCAGGCAGGUCCCUCUUGCCCCUCUGUUCCCACAGACUGACCCCCUCAAGACCAAGUGCUCAGAGCAGCACAAACCCUUCCUGGGCUCCCCCACUCCCCAUACCACAUGGCUCAAUGUGUGAGGGAAGCCCAUCCCCAAGUGCCCCAGACCAGCCCUGCUGCAUCCCUCGCACACACCCCUGCUGUGACCCAGCCCAUGCACCCCUUUGCCCAUCAACACCACAGUAAAUUAUUCCACCUCAGAGAAGUCUGUGUGCAACUCACUGCAGUUCAUGGGUAAGAGCCCCUUUGGGUUCCCUCAGGACCCCAGAAGGAUGGGAGGAGGGUCCCAGUCCUGCCCACUGAGUGAGGCAGCCUGAAGGAGCGAGGUCACCUCGGGCUCUGGCUCUAGCCCCAGUCCAGGUGCCAUGCCCAGAGCCUGCACCUGGGCAGUCCAGCUAAGCCAAGGGAGGCAGUUCCUAGAGGUCACAGAAAUCCCUGGAGACUGAGGCACCUCUGCUGCUCCAGGGAGCCUGGGAGGGCACUGAGAUGAGUAGGAUGGGGGGACAGGGCCGUCACUGCUGCUGGAGCCUCACAGCUGGGUUUGGCAGUGGUUUGCCAGGGAAGUUUCUUCCUGCAUCACCCCUGAGGAUAAAUCUAUGGUCUGGGAUCUCACAGCACUUGUGAGAAGCCUGGCACUGAGCAUCAUAGGGGGCAGAUACUGGACUAGGCAGCCUCCAAUCCUGUCCUCCCCACAUUGUAUCAUCUGAAAGUCCUCUCCAUAGCUCCCUGCCAGCCCUGCUCGGCUGCCAGACCUCCUAUGCCACAACCUCCAGCCUCCUCCACAAAGAUUCCUAGGGCCACCCACCUGCACUCCCAGAACCCUCCCAAAAGCCCAAGGACCAGGACAGUCCUCAGCCCAGCCCCUCUGAUGGCAGGAGGGGCUGUCCCUUAGCUCAGCUGCACUUCCCCAGUUGCCCCCCAUCCCAGCUGGCAGCCUGAACGACCCAGUCGUGUUUACCCAGUGCAUACUUGCAUCCACAUGUCCCAAAGGGUGAGGGGAGCCCCAAGGUGGCUGCCAGGAUAUUUACCCAGUGCCUGGCUGCCCAACACUGUAGCUUCUCCUCGGAGCUGGCCCAGCCUCAGGUCACCUCCUGGGACAAGGAAAUUGAUACUCCAGGAUGGCUGCACCCACCUUCUUCUGGCUGACAAGAGCUCUGUGCACCUGCCCUGCUCUGGGGUGACCUCUUCUCCCUCUGCCCUCCUUGGGCACGGCCUUGGCCCCACUGGUCAUUCUCCAGAGCCCCAAAUCUCCUGCUCUGGCUAGGGAGAGGUGCCUGUGCCCGGGCCCCACAGCCAGCCAGGAACAGGGGGCAGCCAGCCCCAGCCUCGCACCAGAAGUGGGUACGCCUCCCUGGCCACUUGGGAAAAAAAUGGGGAAAAAAUUCAAAUACUAUUUUGAAGGAAUGUUCAGAGCUUGACUGCUGAGCAGACUUCCAUAGGAAUAAACACUGUCAAUUGCGCUAUUUUAUUGCAAAACUUUAAAAGCAUAAAUAAACCCCCAUCUCCCACAGCUUAAGUUUAUCUGUAGCCCUCUGUUUUCUGUAGCAUCUUCCCAGACACUAUUCAGACAUGCAUGGCCAUAGUGCUCACUGCUCCAAGUGUUUUCUCUCGAAAUACAAGUGGUUCCUCUGCCUCCCACGGUCAGCUGUCUGAGCAGGCUGACCCCUCCCUGCCUUUCACAGCCCAGUAAAAAUCUCAUUGCAGACAUCCUCACAAACACACCCACAGCUCUUGGGGUGCUACAUAGCCCCCUCCCCAAUGUUACAGCUGCUCCACUGCCCCCACUAAAUGCUGAGCCUUCUACACACCAGUCCCCUGCACACCCAGCACAAGCCAGACACCCUCAUCAUCCAGUGCCAAGUCCAGCUUUUCUCCAAAUUUCCAUGUGAAGGAGUUUGUGAGCCCACAGCCAAGAUAAGUGUUUAGGCUGCCUGUCCCAUAGGAUGUGGAGCCUGCAGCAAGGUCUGGGGUCCAGCAACUUCUCAGACUGGUGGGCGUCACAGCCUGGUGGGCACUGGCUCUCCAGAUUCCCUGGCCUGGGGGAAGCUGCAGCUGGCUGGCAAGGACCCAGGCCACGGCUGUUCCCAGCUGCACAGCAACCAGGGUCACAUUCCUGGGAUAGCUGGGAGCUUUGCUGUUCACACAAGGAAAGGUCACCCUUGUGCACACAGGCAGCUGGUGGGACCACCGCCCGGGGAGGCCGGGGAAGCUCAGUAGCUCCUGUCAGAGCUGAGGUGCCCCCUGGCUCCAGCCCAGCAGGAUCCAGCCUGGCACAGCUGACAGGCAGCUGCACACAGCUCUGAGCAGGGGCAAACAGGGCUACAGCAGGAUAGAAGAU